CGAAACUUCAAGAUGAAGGCCCAAAGAAUGCCCGGAGCUGCAGGGCAUCGUCCCAGAGUCAACAUUUGACUCUUUUCUCUGCUUCUGCUGCUGACUGGUGAUUCAUGGCGUGAUGCAGCUUGCCUCUGGCUUCUUGCGACGUGUGAAGCAGCGCAUCGGCACCCGCAACCCGCCAGAUGCCGACAAGGACGGCCACGGACAGCCAGAGGGCGGCACCGCCACCACCAGGAAGGGCCUCUUUGCCUCGCGCUUCCUUCCACGUGGCCUCCGUGAGAAGCGGCGGAGGCGCUCACUGCGGGCGCACCAUCACCACCAAUCAAGACCGGCCAACGGCACCCUCACUGUGCGCGUGAUAGCGGGCAUCGGGUUGGCAGCGGAAGAGCCUUGCCUGGUGCUGCAGGUGGAGGGAAAUGAGUGUCGGCUGGAGAAGCCGCGGCGGGACAGCAAUGUGGUGCAGUUCACCGCUGCGAGGGCGCCCAAGGGGGGUUCGGUCAACAUCACCUACCAGCCGGGCGCAUCGCCGGUGGCCAAGGAGGACACGGAUGGUGGUGCCCAAGACAAGACGCAGAAGCCCGACGAUGGAGGGAGGACGGCUGCGCAAGAUCUGAAGCAGCAGCCGUUACCACUUGUGGACGUCAGUGGUGGCACCCAGCCGCCGCCCGCCCCCGGCACCACCGAGCCUUCCGCAGCCGACACCGCGGCAGCUGAACGUGCACCAGCGGCGCGUCCGAACAAGCCGCCCGCUCCAGUGCCGGACACUCAGUCAGGGUCGUCGACCCACUCGACCGGCAUUAUCAGUGAGCCGCCGCCUCUUCCGCAUCUGAGCGUGUCUUUCAAGGUGGCGGACAUGACGAGCGACCUGCACCUACUGCUCUAUGAGGACAAGUACGUCCGUCGCGAGAUCCUGGUGGGCCGCGUCAUCAUCCCGCUGGUGUGGUUCGUGUCGCCCACCGGGCUGCUGGGCUGGCGUGUGCUGCGGGUGGAGGUCUUUCCGCCCACCAAACAGACCGAGUCAGACCCGGAUGAGCUGUUCGAGGUGAGCAGAGAGAGGAGAAACCACGUCCACGCAUCCAUCGUGGGCACAGACAGACAGAUGGCCCUCCUGCCUGCUGUACUGCGUGUGUGCAGCCUGGGAUAAUGAAUUGUCCCGGCACAGCAAUGGUGCGGCCCAGGAAGCCACUGGGUGUGAUCCAGCUGGCGAUGAAGAUGUCCUUUGACGACCGAGACGGCGCCAGUGAGAGUGGUGGCCUUUCUCGAUUCAUCGACUGCUCCGUGCUUAGGGUCAGCCACCAUACACUCGGGUGCCGUGCACUUGUCUGUCUGACUGACUGUCUGUCUGUCUGUGGGCGUAUUUGCCAUCGGUUUCUUUUGUGUGUGUGUGCGUGUUGCGUGCAUCGCCUCAGAUGUACACAGCAGUGCCGCCCCGUCGUCACAAGAACGCCCCGAUUGACGGCAUGCAGGGUGAUGAAGACGGCGACCAGAUGCCGCCCACACACGCAGACUCGGGCAAUGAGGAAGGUACCCACGCAAUUAAUUGAAAGACAGCGAUCAUUGAUCAUCGUGUGCUCAUCUUUUCCAUCUGCGUCAUUCCAUUGGCAGAUGACGUCACUUGGUUGUUUCACCGCCACCUAUGGCGGCGCAACUUCGAGCGGCUUCGUCGAGCCCUCACCCUGCCGACCCUGCUGCAGGUCAUCCUCACCACCCCGGUGGCCCUCAUCGCUGCCGCAGCGCUCAUGGCCUGGACGUGCCUCAAGGCCCAGCCCUACCACAUCCCUCUCGAGAUCUUCGGCCUCGUGCUCUUCAAUGGCGUCCUCACCCACUACCUCGUCAUGCCGCCCACCCCAUCCACCCUCCUCGCCGCCAAGUACGACCGGGCGGCCGCUCGAGACGGCGAGAGCUGCUCCUUGCCUCUGCCGUGUAGCGUGCCGUGGACAGCCAGCAUCGAGGGCCUGCCGGCCCAGACGCCAUCGGGCGUCAAGACCGCCACACCGCGAGAGUCAGGGGGGCCGCAGCAAGGUCGACACCAGACAGGCGGCAAGGCAGCGGGCGGUGCGAGGAGCGUCGAGGCCGAGAAGCGUGCUGCGGCGAGUCUUCGCAACAGGAGGGGAGGCGCAGGUGGGGCAGAUAUGGUGGCGCAGUCACCCACCGUCUCUGAGGCUUCCCUUCCGCCCGCGCCAUCCAUCUCGCCACGGUGCGAACCGGAGAAGGACUCCCGCAGCAGCAGACAGGAGGGAGGGGCCAAGGAAAAGGACAAGGAAAAGGAGAAGGACAACACAGCUACGGCGGUGAACGACCAGCCCGCAGAGGCUUCCCAGCAGGCGACAGGGAAUGUGGUAGAGAGGGUGGAUGACGAGGACAUCUCCCACAUGAUUCCGCCCCACUUUCGUCUGCUGUGGCCCACCAAGUACAUCGUCUGGGAGAGUGAGAUCGACAGCGCCGCCAACCCUGAGGCGGGCAUGAGGCCAUGGGAGAGAAUCAGAGCGUUCGCCGGUCAGUGAGUGCACAAAAGACAGCAGACACAACGUGCUUGCGCUAAAAGCUUAAGUGUGUCUCCUCCUCCUCUGUGGUGCGUGUGUCAGGUCGUGUGAGCAACAUUCAGCGUCAGAUAGGGCUGUGGGCGCGGUUCUUCGAGCGAUGGUCCAACGCCCUCAGCUUCGCCGACUCCACCGUCUCGCUCUACUGCUACCUCACUCUUGCAGUCAUCUGUGUCACCCUCUCGAUCGCAUUCGCCGUCCUUCCCACACGGCUGGUGCUGCUGGUGCUGGGCGAGUGCGCCAUUUUCGGCUUCUACUUCGGCUGGUGGGCGGCCUACACUCGCCGGAUGGCCCGCAUUCGGUCGAGGGUUCGCGCACGGCAGCUGAUGAAGACCACCCGAUCCCACAAGCACAAGCAGGCCAAGGCGAAAGAGCAGCAGCAGCAGCAGCCGAAGGCUCCCACCGCGACGCCGCCGCCCGAGGCAACAACGAGCAAGAAGGCCCCAACCGACGAAGAGACAACGACCACCACCACAACCGCCACCACCGCCACCAGCAGCACCAGAGCGGCCGUGUCGUCCGACGCACAGCCGCCUUCGUCGUGUGAUGUGGACACCCUCUCUGUGGACAAUGUGACAGUGCCGGCCGAGGACAUUGACAACGAGACACUGCAGGAGGGCAACGGGGCCAAUGAGAUGGACGAGUGUCUGUCGGGGAGCAGCGAGUCCGACCAGGAGACACUCGAGGGCGACAUCGAGGGCGACAUGAUGAUGGACGACCAGGGGGGUCUGGGGAUGGGUGACCUCCCACGGAGCAAGGAGUCGUCUCAGCAGCUGGUGGGGCUGCUGGGCCACUGGCGACGGGCACUCAUCAGACGCAUCAACCACACACGCGCACAGGUAGGUAACACAGUUGGGGAGAGGGAGGGGGCGGGGAGUGGCCAAGCCAAAACGUGUGUGUGCGCUUGUGUGCCGUGUGUGUGUCUUGUGCAUCAGGUGGUGAAUUUCCUGCUGCGGAUUCCUGAUGAGGAGAUCGUUGCUCACCGCUUUAUCGCCGCGUCGGCACUGCGGAUGGAUGCUGGCUGACGGUGGGUUAUGCCGACAGAUACGUCGGUGGAUUAUAUAUGUGUCUCAAGACAGCCCGACAGACAGCCCGACAGACGGACAGACGGAGGGUUCUUUGUGUAUGUUUUCUGUGUGUGGGUGGGUCAUGGGUCAUGUGUGUCAUCAUCACUCAUGGGGUGGACUGCC